CCCUUGGUUAUAGCAAGGGGUGGUCUGACUGUGAAGUCCCAAAGAAAUAUCCUUGGACUUCAGAAUCCCAAUUUCUUCUUACUUUUUCUUCAACUGCCAGAAUCCCAAAUUUCUGUUAAAGGUCAAUCCUUUCUUAGCUAAUCCACAAAACCCGCAUGGAUUUCGAUUUCCGAAAGAAGCGGGUUCAAGUUUUCAUAUUUAUCGUUGGAAUCGUUGCUCUCAGUAUCACCGCUGAAAAAUGUCGGGAACUGGUUGGAGAAGACUCUUCGUCCCAGAGUGGAAAGUUUACCAUCUUUAACUGUUUUGACAUGAGCAGUGGGACCUUGGCAUGCACAGUGAAGGAAGGUGUGAAGCUGUAUUUCUACAACAUUAGGUCUGCUCAUGUUGAGAAGGCGAGGAAUCUUGCAAUUGAGCGUACAUUACUUGAUGCGUUGGGACAGGGACUAUCUGCAAAAGAUGCAGCAAAACAAGCACAAAAAGAAGGGGCAAAGGCUGCAAAAUUGGCAACCCGUCAAGCAAAACGCAUUAUAGGUCCUAUUAUUUCUUCGGGCUGGGACUUUUUUGAAGCUCUCUAUUAUGGCGGUACCAUGACAGAAGGAUUCCUAAGGGGCACCGGAACGUUGUUUGGUGCCUACGCCGGAGGGUUCGUUGGUGAGGCAAGCCUCGGGCGCUUUGGCUAUCUGGUUGGAAGUCAUCUGGGAAGUUGGGUUGGAGGCAGGAUGGGAUUGAUGGUAUAUGAUGUGGUGAAUGGAGUGCAUUUGUUGCUUAAAAUUUACGAAGGGGUUAGUGAAAUUCAUGAGAAUUAUGAAAAAAUUGAAGCUUCUGAGGAUUCCAAUGUGUAUGAAACUACUGCAUACACGAGGUCAGAAGACUACAGUGUGUAUGAAACAAACUCUGAGGCAUCUGAAGACCCCAAUUUGUAUGAUUCUCCUCCCUCUGAAAAUUCUGAAUUUAGGUGAAUAAAAAUUAUUCAUCCCCCUCUGUUAAGAUAUUAUGAAAAGUAGAUGCAAUUUAAGGUAGAGACUAGUAACACAGUGGAGGAUUGGAUUGUGUAUAAAGUGAAAAAUAUAGUUACUUCUUUUGAACCUA